AUGCAUCUUCCCGGCUUCCUCCUCCUAGCCACUAGCUGGCUACCCGCCCCCGGAAACGCCGGAGCCAAUCAGAACGUCCUCGCCGCCCGUACCAUCGAAUCAUCAUCAUCGUCAUCAGCCUCACCACCACCACCACCAUCCGCGAACUCCUCUUCUUCCUCCCUCUGCCCACCCCUCACCCCCUCCCCCCUCACCAUCGCCCAGCUCACCUCCUCCUUCCCCCCUCCGCGCGCCGCUACCAUCAGCGCCUGGGAUUUGGCGGCAGUCGACGCGAUCAAGCACGCGCUGACGCUGUACGCCUUCGCCAUCGACGGGCGCGACUGGGACGGGCUGGACGCCGUCUUCGCCCCCGGCGCGACGGCCGACUACGGCGCGCCGAUCGGCGUGCUGACGGGCGGUCGCGACCAGAUCAAGCAGACGCUGCCGCCGUACUUGACUGUUUUUGCGGCGACGCAGCACGUGUUGGGGACGCAGGUGGUUAGUGUUUGCGAUGAUGGUGGUGAGGAGUACGAGAGGGAGUUUAAGAGGAAUGCGGUGUCGGUGACGUAUUUCACGGCGGCGCAUUUCAAGAACGGGACCGAGGGGAAGGGGCUGGACGAGCCGGUGGGGAUGAAGGAUGUGAUGUAUGCGUACGGGCAGUAUCAGGAUCGGUGGGGGGUGCAGGAGGAUGGGACGUGGAAGAUUGAGCACCGGAAUCUGGUGUAUAUGGGUCCCUUCGUUUCUGAUACCUCCUCCUAA